AUGUCCACAUCAUCGAAUCACAUAGAUAAUGCAGAGAAUUCAGGCUUGAUUAUGGGUGUCGGAGUUCGUCCGAGAAGAAGAGGAUUUCCCAAUGUUUGUAGGUGUGGAGAAGAAGUUUUGAUGAAAACCUCAGGGACGGCAAAAAAUCCGGGACGAUUGUUUCAUGCUUGUCCAUACGGAUCUGAAUUGGAAAAAUACCACUUCUUCAAAUGGACUGAUGUUUCAAUGGUGGAGGAGAUAGAAGACAUGAAGAAGAAGAUUGAAAAUUUAGAAGUUCAGAGAAGAUCUUCGGAAGAAGUGAUAAGCUGCCUUGCGAAAGAGAUUGAAACUAUGAAAGCAGAGUCACAAGGAGGUGAAAAAGAAGAGAACGAAGGCAAGGAGAUUGUUGGUGAUAUGCCUUUCUUCAAGAAACUGGUUUGUUGUUUCUGGGCAUAA